GCUGCACUGGUAUUAGUCUGCAUUUGCAAUUGCAUCUUGAAACACAAUCAAUAUAUCAGUUCAUCUUCAGUUCAUUACUACCAUUAUUAUUAUUUUUUUGUUGACCAAAUUGUUAAAUUUUGAAUAGAAUCUUAAACAUUCUACAUCUCUUCUGUUCUUCUUCCCAUUAAAUAUGUAAGCUCCUCUGAAGACUGAAGAGGAGGAAAGGAAACCAUUCCAAUUCCCAGCAAACUUCAAACUUCCUUUUUAGUUCCAUAUACAUUAGUUAGUACCAUCUUCCAAAAGAUGGGUAAUUACUCAGAUGCCCACAUUUGCCAGUGCCUCAGCCGUCUGAUGACUCUCAGGCGAAACUCAACAGUCAUGAUUAACGUCGCCGCCGCAGAAGAAGGUGACUGUAGAAAAACCGGCGUGCAGUUCGCGGAGGGAGUGCUGAGAUUGGCCGACGGGCUUCUCCAACUGGGCCUCAAGCCCGGCCACGUCGUCGCCAUUGCUGCCUCAACCAGUGAUUCAUAUUUGGAGUGGUUACUGGCGGUUACAUAUGCAGGAGGGAUAGCAGCUCCUUUCAACUACCGCUGGAGCUUACAGGAGGCAAGAUUGGCAAUGAAUGAAGUGACUAUAAUGUUGGUGACUGAUAAAACCCAUGAUUACUGGCACUUCAAAUUGCAGACUGACUUAAGGUGGCAUGUUUCUAUGACCGUCUAACUUCAGCAGCCACGUUCUCUGAACUCGGCCAGGCUUUUAUGCGCACCUAAUAAUGCAGCUCUGCUAUGCUUUACCUCAGGACAUCUGGAAGGCCAAAAGGGCGUCAUGCUAAGCCAUUCAGCUUUGAUUGUACAAUCCCUGGCUAAAUUAGCGCUUGUUGGUUAUAGUGAGGAUGAUAUUUAUCUGCAUACAUCGCCUUUGUGCCACAUCGGAGGGAUAUCUUCAGCUCUGGCAAUGCUGAUGGUUGGAGGUUGCCAUGUUAUACCCAAAUUCGAAGUCAAGUCAGCAAUUAGAGUCAUAGAACAACACCACGUUACCUCAUUUAUCACGGUACCAGCUAUGAUGGCUGAUUUAAUCUCUUCAGCUAGGACAACUCAAACUACCAAGAAUUUUGAGACAGUCAACAAAAUAUUAAAUGGAGCUGGAGGUCUUUUACCAGGACUUCUUGAAGGUGCCGUCAAAGUUUUCCCAAGAGCUAAACUAGUUUCAGCUUAUGGGAUGACAGAGGCAUGUUCUUCUUUAACCUUCAUGACCCUUUAUGAUCCAACCAUUGGCUAUAAUCAGCACCAUCAAAUGACAGAUAGUAAAACUUCCGAUUCAGUUCAGCAAUUUGCUGGAGUUUGUGUUGGAAAGCCUGCACCACAUGUAGAACUAAGAAUCAGUUCCAAUGGUUCUUCUCAAGUGGGGAAGAUAUUAACUAGGGGCCCCCAUGUAAUGCUUGGAUACUGGGGUCAAAUUCCAAGCAAGUCUUCCUCCCCAGCUGAUGAAGGUUGGUUUGACACCGGUGAUAUAGGACAGACAGAUGAUUGUGGUAACCUUUGGCUUAUAGGUCGCAACGGCAGUAGAAUCAAGAGGGGAGAGAAUAUCUAUCCUGAAGAGGUUGAAGCUGUUAUAUUGCAACAUCCUGGUAUUUCCACAGUCAUUGUUGUUGGGCUCCCGGACUCUCGCUUGACGGAGAUGGUAGUAGCAUGUAUUCGACUAAAAGAUAACUGGCAAUGGGACGAAUUCAAUCCCUGCAAUGACAAAGAUCACUGCUUAUCCAAAGAAAUCCUACAGCAGUUUUGUAAAGAUAAGAACUUGACAGGAUUUAAAAUUCCCAGAAACUUCAUUUUGUGGAGGACUCCAUUUCCAAUGACAACAACAGGAAAGUUGAGAAGAGAUGAAGUCAAGAAAGAAGCUAUGUCCCGUUGGGUAAAUGAAAAUGUUUUCUCCAGCGGGGUGUUGCUAUCCAGCAACCUGUAACCGUAUCAACACAGCAACCAACCUGCAACUCUUAGCAUGAGAUGUCUGAGCAAUCGGUCCAAGACUUUGCUAGAGACAAAUUAGAUUUAGCAAUGCACGAAAAGAAACAUAAAGUCAGUCAGUUGAAAACAUCUUGCUCAAUUUUUGUACCAUGAAACCUGGAUUUAGCCAUCGCAAAAAGGAAAGUAAGGGUACUGAUUGGCAUUUAAACAUGCUUCUGUACACUUACAGAAACUAGGAUAUAGCCGACACUGAGGACCAAUCCAGCAUAAUAUUGUCAAGAACAGGAGAAUUACUAUUUUGAAUGCAUCACUUCACCAUUCUAAGGGGAAGAGGGUUUAUUACU